AUGGAUCAACCAGUCAAAUUGGCCAAAGUCAACCGAGUUUUGGGACGUACCGGAAACACUGGUAAUGUCACACAAGUCCGUGUCGAAUUCAUGGAUGCCGAAUCUGGUGGUUCCACUGGACGUUCCAUUGUCAGAAACGUCAAGGGACCUGUCCGUGAGGGAGAUAUCUUGUGCUUGCUAGAAUGGGAACGUGAAGCUCGUCGUUUGCGUUAA